AUGGAUUGGCUCCCUCACCGAACGGCUGCUUUUCUGUUCCUUUUAUUGGUACUCUUGGAUUUCAGCACAGGAUUUCAUGUAAAGGUAAAAGAAUGGGAUGAAAAUGGAAUGGCAAGAUGGAAAACUUUCAGAAGACAAAAACGCGAAUGGAUCAAAUUUGCUGCAGCUUGUAGAGAAGGAGAGGAUAAUUCCAAGAGGAAUCCAAUUGCCAAAAUCCGAUCAGAUUGUGAAGAAAACCAUCCAAUCACAUACAGCAUCACUGGAGUUGGAAUUGAUCAACCCCCCUAUGGAAUAUUUGUUAUUAACCCAAGAACAGGAGAAAUUAAUAUAACAUCAAUAGUGGAUAGGGAAAUAACCCCAGUAUUUCUUAUACGUUGCUAUGCUAAGCACUCAGUGACGGGUCUAGAUUUGGAAACACCACUUGAACUUCGAGUAAAAGUUCUGGAUAUAAAUGAUAACGCUCCUGUAUUUCAACAACCUGUAUUUACAGGAUCUGUUGAAGAAAGCAGUAUGGACAACACAAUGGUGAUGAAAAUAAUUGCCACAGAUGCAGAUGAACCUAAUCACUUGAAUUCUAAAAUUGCCUUCAAGAUAGAGAGUCAGGACCCUUCAGGUCCACCCAUGUUUGUUAUGAAUAAAAAUUCUGGAGAACUCCAUCUUGCAAAUAUUCUUGACAGAGAGCAACACAGUAGCUACACCCUUGUUGUGAAGGCAUCAGACCGGGAUGGCGCUGCAGAUGGAAUAUCAUCCGUUUGUAGCUGUAACAUUAAAGUCAUUGAUGUCAAUGACAACUUCCCAACUCUUGCUCAAAGCUCUUUUUCAGCAAGUAUUUCAGAAAAUGCACUCAGUUCAGAACUGCUACGAAUACAAGCUCUGGAUGCUGAUGAAGAGUUUACAGACAAUUGGUUAGCAGAGUUUUUCUUUAUAUCCGGUAAUGAGGAUAACUGUUUUGAAAUUGUUACAGAUCGAGCUACAAAUCAAGGAAUCCUUAGAGUAAUUAAGGAAUUGAAUUAUGAACAUCGUCAACAGCAUGCACUGAUGAUUGGUGUCAGGAAUGUAGCUGCCUACCACCACUCUGUUGGACAUUACAUCCAAGUAACUGGAACACCCCUCACAGUAUCAGUAAAAAAUGUCAUCGAACCACCAAGAUUUCAAGAAUCUCCAUUUGUAUUUUCUGUACGAGAGAGCACAAGAGUGAAUACUGUUAUAGGAAUAUGCAGAGCCAUUAGUGAGGACGUUGGAGUAUCGACAUCAGAUCUUUUAUAUAGAAUGGGACGUGAUCCAGGUGCCUGGUUGAGAAUCAAUCAAAACACUGGUGAAAUCAUACUGAACAAAUUUAUUGACCGAGAAUCAAUUCAUAUACACGGUGGGCAGUACAGUGCAGAGGUUCUGGCUAUCACCAGAGGGACUCCUCGAUACACUGCUACUGGCACCAUUGUGCUUUCAAUACAAGACAUCAAUGACAAUUGCCCAACUAUUAAUACCAAUUUAAGGAAAGUAUGUAUGCACUCUCCAUCAGUGAUUAUCACAGCAAAGGAUACUAGUGGUACAUAUGCUACCCCCUUUACAUUCAGCAUACAUGGUGAACCUCAAACUACAUGGAUUAUCAGAUCGCUAAAUG